CGAAGCUGGAGCUUGCAAAGCUUUGAUUGUACCGCUACUCAAGGGUGUCGGCCGGCAGAUUUGCUGUCACGAGUUGGGAGGGUCCUCUAUCUGCGGCCUGACACCCUGGUCCUGGCAUAGGUGAAGAAACCUUUCCAGUCGCAGACCUAAUUUCCAAUGUUCCGGCCAUAUUGCUCCGCCGCGCCGUUUUGAGUGAUGAUGGGUUUGCUCAAGCUUGAACAGCACACGUCUACAAUCAAUGUUUUCUUGAGCCGCUGAGUUGUGCUCGGUAGAUAAUGCAGAACCACGCCAGUUGUAUCUGGUCAAUUGUCAAGUUGUAUAAACACCGUUGGCCAGGGACAGACUCAUCAAGCGAGCUGGGGAGGCCGGGGGCCCACCGUGCCACAAGUCGUCUCGCCUGUCGCUUGCCGGAAAUGAUUAUUGGGCGUGCCACGCACCCUUGCACGACCUCGUGGAUCCCAGCCGCCGUUGUCUCCCCGUCGAGAUUGUUCCAUCCGUGUUCCAAAUGUCUCGAAUCGAAAUUGCCGGGGGUCCGCGAAUUCGCGUGGCUGGCCAAAACUCAUAGAAUGGGUCACAUCGGCAAGGCGGCUUGUCGGACAAGUCUGAUUGCCCUUGGACCAGCGAGAGCCCAAAUUGCUUGUUACUAGGAAUUUCCGCAAAGUGUGUGCAUGACCUCAUUACUAUUUUGCGCCGGAACGGUGAUAGCCGCGUGCCUCAUGCUUGCGCGCAGAAUUGAGAAUUUCCGACGGCUUGCUCUAACAGGUCCACCAGCUGGACCUUGGGGAUACCGGCGAUGUCUGAUUGAGUGAGAACGUUGCGCGGAGACGGAGGGCCAAAAUCAUGACGAUAAACAGUAUAGGUGGUAGGAGUGAGGGACGAAGAUGUGAGAUUAUCAAGGGGUCAGUUGACCACAACCCUCAUCGUCUAUUCGUGCGUCCAGCGUGUUUCAUCUUUGAUCAGAGGCGGCCGCCAAUCAACAGGUGGCCCAAGACACGGAAGACCAUGAUGUAAUGGUCUGUGUGGCCGCAUGACGAAUUGUGCGGUGUGGUCUGAGGUUCAGCAGCCUGUGAUUGACGGUGAGGAGCGAUACAACAUAGAGUAUCUAUCUUUAGUUAUGGCACCAUUUGGUGGUGUUGAUCGCAUUGGCUGCCGCCCGUUGCUCAUCCAUGGCCGGAUUGACAUUGUCAGCUGGCUCCUUAUGUGGUGUCAGUCAAAUUGAUGAGCGCCCUUGACCACUGCCAGGCUGUUGAACAGCGUGUCGGAGGCUUGUGCCAGCCCUGCAAAAGUCGUAUAGGCGAUUAGCCGCGGACGGCCAAGUACAACUGAUAGGCACGACGCUGGGAAACUCGACGGAUGGACAACAGCCGGAAAAAACAUCCUUAGGCAUCCCUCAUAUGCCAGUGAUCUGCCAUACUGCGGUGGGCGGUGUGCGUACGCGUACACUGUGUCAGAGAACACUCGAACGGCAACGGAGCGAGAUGCUAAUGUUGGCCUGUGUGAGACAGGACACGGCCAGCGAUUGGCGCAGACGGCUGCACGGAACGGACAGGAGACAAGAGGACGAUGGAUCGACGGCUCGGUGACGGUAUAGGCGUUCAAAGCCUCAGCAACACGUGUGGACGAUCCAUAUUGCUAAGGGAAAGAUUCCGUGUUAGCAGCGUUCCAUUUUCUCGGCGUGGUGGUACCCAUGGGGCCACAGGGCCUGUGCUAGUAGUACUGUAGUUGUACACAGCGAAGCAGAGACUGGAGUUGACGGUGAUAGGGAUACGCGCCCCGGCGCCCGCGGCUGGCGGAGGAGUCAACGGUUACCGAGCGAUAUGUGCCCAGUGGGCUCCAUCGCUGAGUCCUGUGGCUUACGAGCGCACCAUGAGUCUGGUGCGGACUGUUUCACUCGUCGACGGACAUCUCGGUCGCAGGAGUGAUGGGAAAUGAGAGAUUCCGAUGUAUGAAAUGAGAGUGACAUCGCAGGACCGCCCACGGCCUGAGACUGCGGCCUGUGUGGGCACAAGGGAGAGCAAGAGUCAAGCCACAGUUUGGUCGGGAAUGCAGUGGGCGCUAGGGGGGGCUCCCUGAGCCGCUGUGGAGGACAACAGGCACUGACACUGACACCUUUGAACGGCCCUAGGCUGAAGUUUCCGGGGCACCUAUGGGCGUUGUUGCCACAGGUUGAUAGCCACACCUGGACACCUGAGGAACCCGCCUUUUGCCACCAAAAGCCACAGUUCCGAUGCCCGUGGCCGUGCGAUGAUGCCCCGAACAUGAACCUUACGACGACGUGUGGCUGUGCUGUGUCGAUCAGGGCGAUUGACUGCCUGGGCCUGGGAAUCGCCGAGGACGGCAAAAGUCUGCAUGAGGAAGUGAUGCAAAGGAAGAGCUUCCUGUUACAGGCACCGCGCACAGCGUCGCCCGCUACGUCGGCAGGGAUAGACCUGGCUCGCAACCAAAGCAACAGAGUUGGACAUAGACAAAAAAGGACGUCUGAGACGGCUGAUGGAUGGGGUCCCUGUCCAAUUAGUUCGGGGCAUGAGCCACUGCAUCGACCGCCCCGGGGCUAGGGGCCGUGCAGUGUACAACUUUGUACGGCGGCCCAUCUCCAAGUGGUGGUGCGCCAGCCACGUCGCCCGACCAGGAUGACCGGGGAGCCACUGUUGCUGGCCAGUGAGACCUGCGAGCGCUCCUCGACGCCACGACUGGGCACCGUGCUAGGCUCCAGUGCUCAGGCCGAUCCGGCACGCUUUCCAAUCAAAUGGGGAGGCCCCAGUGCCCCCAGGCGUUAACUUCUAGGCGUGGCUCAGUUAAACGAGAUCCCUUGAUCCCGGCCCCAGGCAGCUGAGGCUGCACCAUUAUUAGGCUUCAGGCUAACAGCAAUCAACAACAGCGAAUGCGAUGCUAUCCGCAACAGCACGAGUGCCUUCAGGACCAGCCGGCCGCGCUGCUAGCGACUAGUUAACUAGUACAGGAGUAGUAGAAGGAUGGAAGCAAGAGUGGAGAGUGACUCCUUCGUGACCCAAAGGCCCGUUGCCGUGCUGAGAUAGAUGGUUUUCGAUCCCGAGCAGGAGGACCAAAAGUAGUGGUAGCGGUAGUAGUAGCGGUAUUGGAGUUCCA